UAAACCCUACCCUCCUUAGAAGUUAUAAGCCACCCUCUCCUCUCUUCACUGCUGCUCCCACGUCGCCGUGCUCACCUCGCUGUCGCCGUUGUGCUUCUCAGGGAUAUUUGGAAGAGUAAGAACAAUGUUUCUCAAAGUGCAGUUGCCCUGGAAUGUUGUGAUUCCUGCUGAGAGCCUGGACACGAACGGAUUGAUGCUUCAGAAAUCGAUUAUCAUCCGUCUUAUGGGUGAAUUUGCUGCUAAAAGGGCAACUAAAGAUCUUGGAUACGUUCUCGCUGUCACGACUUUGGAUAAUGUAGGAGAGGGAAAAGUAAGGCAGCUGACUGGGGAUGUGUUGUUCCCGGUUGUCUUCAGUGGUGUUACAUUCAAGAUUUUCAGGGGGGAGAUACUAGAGGGUGUUGUUCACAAGGUGCUGAAGCAUGGAGUUUUCCUAAGAUGUGGGCCGGUGGAAAAUUUAUAUCUUUCAUACAACAAAAUGCCUGGUUAUACUUAUUCGGCUGGUGAGAACCCAAUCUUCCAUAGUGAGUCGCAACCUACUAUUGAGAAAGAUGUCGUGGUUCGGGUCAUGGUCAUAGCGACCAAGUGGCUUGAAGCUGAAAGGGAAUUCCAGGCAUUGGUCAGUUUGGAUGGUGAUUAUCUUGGAGUACUUGGGCCUGUUUCUUAGCAUGGUUCUUCUAUGCUUGCUUAUGGUGUUGUAGUUUGUUUCAUGGUGUUGGGGUUUAGAUGUUUUAAGAACUGGGGAAAUGUAAAGAAUGAGUUUAGUAUCUUGCCACUUUGUAAGGUGAUUCUCUUGGUCCCAUUUCAUUGUGCGGGCCUGGUGAGGUCGAUCUGUAAAUAUUUGAUGACUACAAAAACUUUUUUUUUUUUUUUUUUUUUGCUUUGUUAGUUUUCAUAAUCAAUAUGACUUCAAU